GCAGUGAAGCAGCGCUUUCCCAAGCAGCAGCAGCCAAAUCUCCGUGAAGAAGAUUUGCACCUAGGAGCAAAUCGGAGGAAAUCACGGAGGAAAUAUGUGGGUCUGCGUCCCCGAGUCGCUGCGGGUUCUGGAGCUAAUGGUGGUGUUAUCACGGGACUCGAGUCAAGAAACGUUAACGGAGUAACGGACGGUCAAGAAGAGAUUCGUUGCUUUGUUGGAGAAUCCUGUAAUGGACAACGACUUUUCCCGCGGGGUGACAUAUCGCCAGGCUAACGCUAGCUCACAUGCUAACGAAGUGGUCAUCUCUACCCGAAAACACCCUACGGCGCACAGACAGAGCUCAGCCACAAAGAGGAUGGAGCGGAGAAAGUCGGCACCGCAAGUGGUCCACCAGCGGCAUAUGCCGAAGGAGCCCAAUAAGUUCCACAUACCGAGGAAAAACAAAGAACAGAAAUCUCUCUUCCAGUUUGUCUCCACUGAGUCCAGGGAGUAUGAAGACAUGAAGACCAUCCUAAUCUCCAGCUACAUUGACACCAACUCUUCUAGCUGUUUCAUGUACAGCAACCCGCGUCUUGUUCACAGUGAGCUGCUGGAGAAGGAGUUUGUAGAAAAAAGGAAGGAGAUGAAGGCUGAUGGGAGAACAGAAAAGGAGCUGGAGGAGAGUUACUGUUUCUUGUUGACUACUUUGACCAAUCUUCCUGCUCUCUGUGAGAAGGGGCUGGUCGUGGGUCAGAGCAGGAUCACCAUGCUGGGAGACCCUGGGAAAGGUGUGUAUCUUUCACGGUACUGUGACCUUCUACAGAUGAAUGCCUUCACACCUGGAACAGAAGGAGAGAUCAUUAUAUUCAAAGUGAUGAAGGGAAAAGUCAAGAGCUUUUAUGAAAACAUGAAGACUGUUCAAGAUCCGACGCCUCGCUUCGACAGCCACAUUGCCAAAAACGCCAGCAACGUCACCUCGCUCACUCACUUCCGCGCCUUUGAACUCACACAGCAAUAUUUUUAUGAGUACUCAUUCGACGAGCUGCGUCCACGUCCACGGCAGGUGUGCCCGUACGCCGUUGUCUCCUUCCACUUCAAAGGAAAAGACGCUUCACUUCCCAGCAAACCUGCUGCACCCAUCAGGUCGAUCAGUCAGCUGUCUGACAGGAGUAAAGAGACUGGUUCUUUCACGGUUUGGACGGGAGAUAUAGUAAAAAGAAAGCUGGUUCUUUUUCCGGCCGCUCUUCUAUCCAGCUUGAUCCCCUUUCUGCCUCACAGACUACCAGAGAAGUUGGAUGUGGGGAACUUGAUGAGGUUUGAUCAGUUGACCAAGCUGAUGCCCUCUGGUCUGCUCUCCUAUGACUUGUACAGCAGCAGCAAAGAAGUCGUUGCUGAUGGCUGUUACUGCAGUCUGCUGGAGGUGGUUGAUAGAAGUUGCUCUUCAGUGAACAUGACCAAGCUGCUUCUGCAGCUGGAGAGAAAGAGAGUGGUUCUGGUACGCCCUCUCUCAGAACAAGGUUUCUUCUUCCUGCUGUCCAGUGUUCAGAUGACCUCACUGUCCGAGAGCGGAGAGUCCAGGAAGAGGUGCCUUCAGGCCUUAUUUGUGUUCCGAGAACCCAGAGACGUGUCCGGAUUUGCAUCCCAUUGUACCUCCUAUUCCCAUGAGCCACAAAUGUCCAAUGUCUCAGUGAUGCCUCGGCUGAAAGAGUUUAUUCCAGCUUUGCACCACGCUCUGAUUAAAGCUCGAGCCAACCCCCCUUCUAACCUCUCUGCUGGUGUGGAGCUGCAGACGCGGGAAUACCUCAGUAGCUUGAGCGAUGGCAGCGCCCGACAGUACUCCAUGACAGAGUACGAUGCCAAAGUAGACGAAGAGGGCAAACUGCAUCCUCCUCCCAAACACCAUCGUGUUAACAUGGACAGCUACAUGAAGUCCUACCUGUCCAACCCCGCCCUCUACCUGCUGCCGGUGGCCCGUGCCGAACAGGUGGUGAAUUCUGUGUGUGGCCCCGAGCAGCGACAGGAGACGGCGGCUAACAGCAUAGCAGGAUGCACCAAUGAUAGAAAGAUACAGCAGCUUUUGGACAUGUUUUGGACCUGUAAGAGGAAUGCUGAAUUAGAGGUGAGGAGGGAAGGAGGUGAGGCUUUGAAGGUACCAGGAAGGAAGAGGAAGAUGGAACAGGAGACGGCAGAAAGAGCACUGAAAUAUUUUAAAAAAUCACAGGAAACCGGAAGACAUGAAAAGAUUCCAGAUGGAGAAAACAGAGUCCCUUCUUCUCCUUUCUCUUUUAAAUCUCUGAUCGACAUUUUGGGCUUGAAGGAUCUGAGGGAAGAAAAAUCUGAACUUUUGGAGAAAUUUACGAGGCAGCUGAAAGGUCUGAUCAAAGUAGCCAAUCAGAGCUUUAGUGCACAACAAGAGGAAGAGCUGAAGGAUUCUAGUCCAUUUGGUGUUUUGGCCACAAAGCUGGGUCUGCCCGCUAACUGUGACAUCGAUCUGAGGAAGCAGGAGGAGCUGGAGGACCAGACGGGAGGCAGCAUCAGUAGUUUGGAGGGAUUUAGUCCCAGUUCGCACAGCGGGGAGAUGAAUUACCAUGGGGCAGCGGGUAGGGGAGGAGGAUGGUUUGGGAGGAAGGCAGGAGCUAAUGAGGAGAAGCAAGAAUGGGAGAUCCCAUGGGUCCUUAUCCCCAUCACAGGUCUGUCUUUAGAGAGAUAUUCUCAGGGUGGCCAGAACAUCCCCAUGGACCCCCGUUUCCAGCACCUCACCAUGGCAACAAGUAUCACCACAACAACUAAACCUGCCAGAAAGAGCCCCACCAUGUCUCCUGAGCACAGUUCUCAUCACCUUGUCACCCGGUACCCAAGCCCCAUUCCUAGCCCGACUGCUUCAUCCCCACAGUAUCCGUCCCCCGACCCCAGCCCUCCUACUUCACCCUUUCAGUGUCCAUCUCCUGACCCCAGUCCUACUUCACCUUCACAGUGUCCAUCACCUGACGACAGCCCUCCUACUUCACCCUCACAGUGUCCAUCUCCUGACCCCAGCCCUCCCCCAUCUCCCUCUGAGUGCCCGUCUCCAGUGCCCAGUCCUGCUAGCUCUUCUGCCCAGUCCCUAUCACCUGUAAUUAUCCCCCAUCAAACAUCCUCUCAAUGUCACUCCCUGGAGCUUAAUAAGCUCAGCUCAGUGGAGAGUAACCACAGUGGUGCUAAUGAGCCUCCGUCACCCCUCACAGGCCCCAAGGAGUUUCCAGGAGAGUCUAGUGAGAAAGAAGAGAAACAUCAGGGCAAGGAAAUCACCGAAGAGUUGUCUAUUCUCUCUUUCAUGGACUCAUCUGGUGGUCCUGCUUCAGAGUUGAGGAUUAAAGCUUCACAAUCUCCCAAUGAGCAGGUAGAAGGAAACAGUGGAAAAAGUUCAGAAAUCUGGCCAGGUGAGGAGGAGAAGAAACAAAGAGAUGAAGAGGCUGAUCGGUGUUUGGACAUUAAGAGUGAGGAGGAGGAAAUGAUCAUAGAGGUAGCUAAUGAACACAGGGAGAAGGGAGACAUGCUGGAAUCAGAAGGUGGCUCUACACCUCCCCUCUCUGUCUCAUCAAACACAGCUUGUCCUCUUAGAGAUAUUGACAUCCUGGUGGACAAACAUCUGGAAGACUUUACCUCUGACCUACAGCUCCUCCUGCAGGAGGAGAGUGGUAUCUCCAGCUUCCCUCAGCUCUCUCACACUCCUUUAAACACAGAAGCCUCCACUUCUCAGUGCACGCUCUCAUACACAUUAUUGCCUCCAUUCUCACACUACGUGUCUUUUUUCAACCCCUGCCCCCCAGUUCAGGACUAUGUGAACGCACUAAAGGACAGCAUCACAUGCAUGCUGACAAAGCCCGAUGAAAGUAGGCCAGGGCACGAGGCCGAUCCCGACCGGACUGAUGCUGAUGCCUCAUUGGCUAAAACCAUCAGUGAUUUUGUUUCUAGCUUCAGAGUGGCUAGUGAUGUCGCAGGAAGAAACAGUGAGGAGUUUCCUGCUGCUAAUGUUGAGCCACCCAUCAGUGAGGUUCCGCUGCUCUCCAGAGAAGACAGAGUCUGGCAGACAGACGAGACAAACUGGAGGAGUUCCCCGUCUCCUCAGCUCUCUUCAUCUUAUCAAAACACCUACAAACCUGAAACCUCUUCAGAGAUCAGCAGGACAAUCACUCAGAAUAUAGAAGAAGCACAAGAUAACAGUGCGAUCAGGACCGUCGUCUGCUCUGCUGAAAGGGAGCGUGAAGGGAGUUCAGCUGGAUUAAACUGCAUUGUAAUGGUUCCGGGUUACAGCCGUGCAUCUGACACAUCAGCAGAACCCCCCCUCUCUGAGCCAGCAUCCAGCCCAAGCCCUGUUCCAUCAACCACACACCUGAGCUCCAUUAUCCACCAGCUGAACCCAGAUGUGUUGAACAAACUGGUGGAGAUCGCCAAAGACAUUAAACGAAAGUCCCUUCAGUUCUACGUCCACUGUACAGAGGCAGGAGACCUGGUCUGUGAAGAGGUCAAGGAGCACAUUCUGAAUUUGGGUAACGUGCAGCAGAGUCCUGUUGACUUUCUACACCAGGAAAACUCUGAAAAUGGGCUCCUGGUUAUUAUUAAGAACAAAGACAUUGCUGGACAUGUACACGAGAUCCCCGGCCUCACAGCUUUGAAACGACACUCCUCUGUAAUGUUUGUGGGCAUUGAUUCUCUGGACGACAUAAGAAACGACAGCUGCAUUGAGCUUUUUGUUUCUGGAGGCCUCAUCAUCUCAGAUGAGUUGAUCUUCAGUUCAGAUGUCUUCACUCAUGAUAGACUCUCUGCGUUGCUGAGGCUCCUGGAGCAGCACAGUUCUCUUGAGAGUGUUUGGAAGUGGCUAAUCCACUGCAAAACACAGAAGAAACUGAAAAAACAAGCCAGGUUCAGCAGCCAUGCAGCUAACAUUCUAGAUUUGCUGACAACAUAUCAGAAGCGUCAGAUCAUUGAGUUCCUCCCAUAUCAUCACUGUGACAUGACGGACCAUCAGUCAUGCAACCUCGACUGUUUCAUCGAGCUGCAGGCUCGAUACACGCAGUUCCGACACACCAUCUACCUCACUGGGCACCCUUUAGAGAUGUUACCUACUUACUCCAGUAAAGGCAUCAUUGUGACCAGUGUUGAGGAAAUUCUGCAGAACUUCAGCAGCCUGGUUGGAUGCCAAAGUGUCAGAGACAAGCAGUUAUUUGUAGAAGAUCUUCUCGCUCCCAAAGGUCUCAGCAGGCCGCUGGUUCAUCAGGACUCUGUCUCUAGCUACAAACGCUCUCCCUCCACCCUCCCUGAGCACAUCCACCCCAUCUCCUCCUCCAGCCUUCCUCUGGAGUUCCCUCCACAGCCAACCUCCACCCAGCUCUUUCUCCCCCAGCCGUCCAACGAGAUUGUCCCAGACUCUUCUUGUAAGAACAGCCUGUCUCCGACCACCAGCAGAGACAUGAAGUUCCUUCAGCAGGCCAUCCAACAGCUCCGAGCACAGCGCCUGGAGCAGCAGCAGCAGCUAAAACUGGAGCAGCAGCGGCUUGAGAUGCAGAUGGAGUCAAGCGACUACCGCCUCCCCAUUCGUGCUGAGUCAGAAACCCCUCAUUUGGUCAAUGAAGAACCCACAGAACCUGUCCAUCUCAUGGCUGGCAGGAAAACGAUUGCAACCAACGUGGAGUCGGUCCUGCAACAACCUUCCACCGAGGGUCCCGGGAGACAAGGGAGUCCAGGAGGAGACGAGCUUGAGGAACAGAGAGAGAGUAACUUAGUCAGAGGGGUUCAGUUACAUACAGAAAGUUGGAUCUCAACUAAGAAUGACUCAUCUACCUACUUAUCCAGUCAAACGUCUGGAGUCACAGAACCGAGUGAUAAAACCGAACCGCCCCAUGGCAGGAGUGCAGAGGAAAUAGAUCAACAAGCAGAACCUGAAACAUUCACAGCAGAGGACGUCAGAUCAAGGGACACACAGCUGAUCCAGGACCAGCCACUGAAAGCUGGAGUGAACCCAAGGAGUAGCAGCACAGCUUGUUUCACCACAGAAAAAAAGAUCCCUGUGUUGACCGCUCGAGAGUUUAAACCGGCGCUGAAGAAGCAGCACCCACAGCCGUCUUUGCAGCUGCCCAACCCAUCAACACGUCAGACUCAGAUGGUGGUUCCUUUCCAGCAGUCAUCCAUGGCUCCGUUCCAGAGCCAGCCAUUCCAUUCGGGUCCUUUAUUGAGGCAGCUACAUCCUCUGGGAGGAAUUGGGUCCUUUGUGGUGCCCGCACAUCUCAGGCCCCAAGUUUUGACUCCUACAGGGACCCCUCUGGUCUGGGGCUUCCAGCAGACUGGCGUGGACUUCUUGAAAGAGUACUACAAACCCGGUGGUCCGGCCGCUCAUGUGUACAGAGGGGCUCGGCCAGGAGGAGGUUUUUAACAGGAUGUAAGAAACUGGUUUUCUCUGUCACCUGUUCAGUCACUGAUCUAGAACAUUCCGCAAUCUCAAUUAACCCAAAGUUUCAGUCGGUAUUAAAAGUAAUCCAUUAAGGAAUUCAGAUCUAAAAGAAGCGCUCAUUAAAAGUUGUUAUACAAAUUGACACCAUGAAUAUGAUUUGAACAUGUCUCGUUAGAAAAAUCUGCUUCAGGCAGCUGCAGAACUUCAGGUUAAAACUUUUUUUUUAAACACGUUGGUUCUGAUCCGAACAGCUAAACAUGCUGCUGUUACUUCUCUGUUCAGAAUCACAAAACUAAACCAACAAGGGCAUUCAGAGGAAAAAAAACUUAAUAUUUUUUUAAUUGGGUUUUAUUUAGAUUUUGACUAAUCUCUUAUUUUAAUCUUACAGAAAACUCCAUAAUAAAACCUGUAACAGUGUGUUCUGUUGACCCCAAACUCUCACUUUAGCAUCAGAAAUACUAAAGAAAGGCCACAAAAUAUCCCAGAAAAAAAUUAACCUUUCAGUGAACGUUUGGCAUUUAAUUGAUUGAUGAUUGCAGGUGAGGGGAAAACCUUUUGUGUUUGAUAUCUGGGACAGCGUGAUGAUCCUGAUCCAGCUGUUGUGAAAUGGGAGUGCUGGUGUCUGGUUGAACAUUGGCAUUUUAGCCCUGACCUUGAGACACAACCUCCUGGCUGAAGGGUCACUGGACUAAUGAGAUCAGGAUCCAGCUAGAUCUGGAGCUCAUCCUCCUGGAAAACGAGGGGAAGUUUUUUUGUUUUGUUUUUUUGUUCCAGACACUGAUGGAAACAUCAGCUGCUCAUUUGUAAAUAAAUGCCCUAACCCUGUAAAAUAGAGUUUUUUUAAAGGAACUUGGGAAAAAAAAACUCAAAAAUAACACCUUCCAGUGGACAAGUGUAAAAAG